CCAAGCUUGGCUUCAAUCAUUUCCAAGGAAGCGUGCAGUGUAAACCCGAACCGUUCUAGAAGCUUCAAGCCCUUACUUUUAUUGCCAGAGAAGCGUCAUGGCGGCUGGCUCAAGCUCUGUUUUGUCAUCGUUCCUGCUCAACUUGGGCAUCUGCCUGGGACUGUUCUUGGUCUUCAGUGUAUUGCGCGUUCUACCAUGGUGCCGCCGGUUCUUUGCACCACGAAGGUUUGCUGAUGACAUUCCUGUAAAGCCUAAACGGCUGGAAUACAAGCUAUGGAGCUGGAUUAUACCGACCAUCAUGUACAAGGAGCCGGAUCUGAUCGACGAGGCAGGCCUGGAUGCCGCAAUCUACAUGCGCAUCCUGUGGUUCGGUGUGUGCCUGUUCCUGGGCGUGGGCGUGUGGUGCAUCGCGGUGGUGCUGCCCGCAAACCUCACAAGCAACGAGAUCCAACGGCUCCUGGACUUGGAGGAAACCACGCGCAACCUGCAGAUUGCCAACCAUGUGAAUCUCAACUCAACCCUUAUCAAGGUUGUCUCCAGGGAGUCCGGGGAGGAUGUGGUGUAUGAGCUGGAAAACGCCUUCACUCACCUCAACGGUACCAACUUCACCACUGUGAGCAGCGCGAACGAGACCGUGACACGUGUGCUCAACUCCGUCAUCUUCAUGAACGGCACCCUCAACGGCAACAGCACCAUCCGCGUCAGCAUCCUGGCAAACGCCACGCUCGUAAUCAACGGCACUUUCCUUUACCCCGGCUCCAACAACACCGAAACCGAUUUGAUGUACGUGACGGGCGAUUUGUACGCCACGACCGAUACCGUCACAGUCAACAACAAUCAAUACAAGUUCACGGAUUUCGACAAGUACUCGCUAUCGAACGUGGAGGCGGGCAGUCCCAAGAUGUGGGCGCACCUGGUGUCCAUGUACGUGGUGGUGAUCUACGCCAUGUGGCUCAUCACCCGCUUCAAUCGGGAGGCGGUGCUGCUGAGACUUAUGUUCCUGGGUAACGCCAAACGCGGCGGCCCCAGCCACACCGUGCUGGUCACCGACGUGCCCGGCAUUGUGACGGGCGUCACAGACAUGAUGAAUAAGGCUGUGAACAAGAUCCGCACGCACGUGUCUGGAGACGGGGCAGACACAGGGAAGAAGAAACGCACGGCCUCCGGCGGCGUGACUCCUAUGGCCACCGCGACGCAAACGCCGCGCAAACAGCCGCUUCCGCCUAAUCCAAAUACGCCGGGCACUGCCACGAGCCACGGCGGUGCGAGCGCCGCCGCCAUUGGCGCACCCGCUGCAGCCGCUGCCGCAACCCUGACCACACGUGCCGAGGAGCAGCCGGCUUCGCCGGCGGGCGUGGCCACCGCAGACGAGGUAGCGGCCGCUGCAGCUGAGAUGGGCGCGACCCUUGUGGCGGCUGAGGCUGCGGUGGCACCUGGGGUGAAGGACCCGGCUCAGGAGCAGGUGCUGUCUGAGAUGGAGGAGAUCCAGCGCGGCCUGGAGCAGGUGGCGCGGGAGAAGCAGCAGCGAGAACACGAGCGCGAGAAGGAGCAGCAGGAGGAGGAGGAGCAGGUGGAGGAGGAGGUGACGGGCGAGCAGCAGGUCAAGGCGGCCGCGGCCCCUGCGGCCAGCGGCGACGCCAGCCCCAAGGGUCGUACCGGCCCGGGCCCGGUGGCUGAGGGCGUGGAGCCGGAGGCUGGCGGCAGCACCUCAGGCGCGAACGCGCGCAGCGGCGGCGGCGACAGCGGGGCGGAUCCCGGGGCGAUCGCGGUCAUGGUCCAUGGCGACGGUCCCGCGGCGCCCAAGAGCGCGUUCUUGGAGGCAGGGCCAGAGGCGGCGGUGGCAGCGGGCCAGCCGGCGGCGCCGCCGGCUCAGCAGUUGCGCCGCCGCCGCUUCCAGGUCCUCGACAACAAGUACGACUACAACCUGUCUGACCAGCGGUUGAACCCAUGGUUCCAGGCGAGGGAGAAGGUCGAGGCCGGCAUGACCCCAGAGCAGAUGGUCCGCAGCGAGUUCGAGCUGGUGUACGGCGCGGAGGACAUCUGCGUGGUCAACAUGGUGCAGAACACCCGCGCGCUGCAGCCCCUGGUGGACGAGUACAACAAGGUGCAGCAGUCGCUGGAGGACUACCUGGACAUGCUGCAGCUGCGGCUCAAGCUGAGGAAGAAGGCGGAGCCGCAGCUGAUCCGGGUUCUGGGCAUGGCGUACGGCGAGUGGGGCAAGUCCUACUUUGGCACCAAGUGGUUUAAAAAGGUGGACGCCGUCACCUUCUGGCUGGACCGGCUGAGGUACCUCAAGGAGCAAGUCCUGCUGCAGCAGGUCAAGGCCAUCAACAAGGCCGCGCCCUCCGCCUUCGUGACCUUCAACUCGCGCAAGGCCCAGGCUGGCGCCCCCGCGCCCUUCGAGAUCGUGUGGUCCAACCUGUCCAUGAACAUCCACGAGAAAAGCUCGCGCGUCGUCGGACUCUGGGUGGUUUUCUGGCUCAUGACGCUGUUCUUCAUGAUUCCAGUGACGCUCAUCCAGGCCAUGAUUGAGGUGCCCAAGCUGGCGACUGUGGAUGGGCUGGGCCCCAUCGUGACCGCGCCCGUGAUCAAACAGCUGCUGGAGGCGAUCAUCCCGGGUCUGGUUCUCAAGAUCUUCCUGGCCAUUGUGCCCAUCAUCCUGAAAGCCAUGGCCAUCAUGUCCGGCACCACGUCACUGUCGGAGGUGGAUUUUGGCGUCGUGAAGCGCUUCUUCCUGUUCCAGGUGGUGGUGGUGUUCUUUGGCAACAUCAUCGCCGGCUCCUUCUUCAACCAGCUCACGCAGUGGGUGGAGGACCCUGCCUCGGUCAUUCCGACUCUGGGCAAGUCCAUUCCCAUGACCGCCACAUUCUUCAUCACCUACCUCUUCACAACCGGCAUGUUUGUCAAGACACUGCAGUUCGUGCGUCUGCCCGGCUUCGUGAUUUACUGGCUGCUGAACGCGUUGGCGGGCAGCCCGCGCGCCAAGGACCGCCUUUGGAUGUUCCAGUACACGGACUUCGGCCGCACGGUGGCCGAGCACACCACCGCCAUGCUGAUCGGCAUUGUGUUCAGCUGCAUGAACCCCAUCGUGUGCCUGGCGGCGUGGACCUACUUCCUGGCCACCUACCUGGGCGAGCGCUACAACAACAUCUACGUGUACAGGCGCCAGUACGAGAGUGCCGGACGUCUGUGGGGCACGGUUUUCGGCCAAGUGAUGGUGGGGCUGUACAUCAUGGAGCUGACCAUGCUGGGCCUGCUGGCGAUUAAGAAGUUUAAGUGGACGCCGCUGGCGAUUCCCCUGGUGAUCAUCACCAUUGGCUUCCACAUCUCCAACUCCAGGAUAUACAACAAGCCCUGGAGCGUCAACGCGCUUCACGACGCAGCCGACCUGGACAAGCGGGAGCGGGAUGAGGACGCGGCGCACCACGAGAGCAGGAAGAAGCGCGCUGCCGAGGAGGCCAAUGAGGUGACGAAGCUGUACAAGAACCCCUGUUUCAAGGUCCCGCUGAUGGACCUGGAGCGCAUUGAGGCCCUGGCCGCGGACGUGCUGCCGCGGGUGGACGUGCUCAACAAGUGGCGGGCGGAGCUCAAGGCGCAGGGCAAGAAGGCCGUGCCCGCGGCCGGCAAGGCCAAGAAGCCGCACCCGGCGGCGGGCGCGGAGGAGGGCAAGGUGAGCAUGGGCGGCAGCAGCACUGCGUCCGAGGACGAGGACUCGGCGCUCAUCCCGCCGCCCGAGGUCACCAGGUACGACGACCUGCACGUUGAGAAGGACGAGAGCGACGGCGAGGAGAAGAUGGAGUAGGCGGCUGCUGCUGCUGCUGCUGCUGCUGCUGCUGCUUGGGGCUGUACGGCCGUACGGCACGUGUUUGUUUGAUAUUGGAUCUAGGCAGUAUAAUAUUUAAGGGCCAGGAGGUGUGGGUGUUUAGGACUGUCUUGACGUGCGUGCAUGCGUGGGAGCAUGGCUGCACAUGUUCGUACGGUUCGUUGUGAGCUGCGGAUGUCGAAAACUACAAGCUGAGAAUCGAAGCAACAGGCCUGCUUGGCGGGCAUUGGAGUGUUGAGUGGCAUGUGAGAGAAAUUGGAUUAUGUCCUUGCACUCCUCAUGCACGAGCGCAUGGAGCUACAAUGCACAAGCAUCUCAAGUGUCCCGCGUGAUAAUGAGCCUGGCCAGGGCUCAAUUGGCGGGAAACUCUUGGAGGGGGAUUCCGCGCCCCUCCCACAUGAAUGGCAUGCAAUUGCCUUGUGCUGCUCAAGUAAAUAAUGACCAUGUAGGUAGUGACUGUAGCUCUGGUGUGUCCUCUAGCGUUCUGUUGUUUUGGCCAUGCAUGCAUGUUCGUGAUUGCUGUGGAGGCAGCAAUGGUAUGUCAUGAGAAGCUGUUUCUCCGCACUCAGAUGACGUGUUGUAUUGUGCCAUGUGGGCGAAACAUUCAACCGUAUGCGACCACGAGGCAGAAGACGGAUGCACGCCUUACGUGGCAUUC